GAGGGCGCCGCUGACUCUCUUCGUGCUCUUCUGUGUUGCGAGAUCGCAGUACCGGAACAUAGCAGGCUAUCUCCUGGUCUGUCACCAUGGUUCAGCGAUUAACGUACCGUCGCCGCCACUGCUAUGCCACCAAGUCGAACCAGACCCGCGUGGUCAAGACCCCAGGUGGUAGGAAUGUCUUCCAGACCGCCACAAAGAGGGCAGCUGGGCCGAAGUGUCCAGUGUCUGGAAAACGUAUUGCUGGGAUUCCUCAUCUGAGACCCACGGAGUACAAAACCUCUCGUCUUCACAGGCACAAGAAGACAGUCAACCGGGCCUAUGGCGGCAACUUGGCUGGUUCCGCAGUUCGGGAACGCAUUAUCCGAGCUUUUCUAGUUGAGGAACAGAAGAUCGUGAAGAAGGUUUUGAAGAUCCAGAAGUCAAAGGAGAAAUUGGCUGCUAAGACCCAAUCCUAAGUUAUUUGAGAUUAGUUUCACUGAGCACUUCAUGAGCAACAGUAUGUCUGCUAUGAGAACUUAGUCUUUUCUAUUGAUUGAUCUAUAGAAGGCCCUCUGAGAUUUCAAUUCUCUUGCGUAUUGUUGAUUUGUGAGUAUUGAUUGCCUCGAGUAUCGGUUCAUCGAUUAUGUCA